CGUCGGGUCCGACGGCGCCUGCGCGCGGCGCGGCCGGCCGGGGUGCUGGGGGUGGGGGUAGGGGUGGCCUCUUCACCUCAUUGUCCCUUAGCGCCGCCCGGACAUCUCGCGGGCUGCCGGCACCAUGAAGAUCUGGACUUCGGAGCACGUCUUUGACCACCCAUGGGAAACUGUUACAACAGCCGCGAUGCAGAAAUACCCAAAUCCUAUGAACCCAAGUGUGGUUGGAGUUGAUGUGUUGGACAGACAUAUAGAUCCCUCUGGAAAGUUGCACAGCCAUAGACUUCUCAGCACAGAGUGGGGACUGCCUUCCAUUGUGAAGUCUCUUAUUGGUGCAGCAAGAACCAAAACAUAUGUGCAAGAACAUUCUGUAGUUGAUCCUGUAGAAAAAACAAUGGAACUUAAAUCUACUAAUAUUUCAUUUACAAAUAUGGUUUCAGUAGAUGAGAGACUUAUAUACAAACCACACCCUCAGGACCCAGAAAAAACUAUUUUGACUCAAGAAGCAAUAAUCACUGUGAAAGGAGUCAGCCUCAGCAGUUACCUUGAAGGACUGAUGGCAAGUACGAUAUCUUCAAAUGCUAAUAAAGGCCGAGAAGCAAUGGAAUGGGUAAUACAUAAAUUAAAUGCAGAGAUUGAAGAAUUGACAGCUUCAGCAAGAGGAAGUAUAAGGACACCUAUGGCGGCAGCGGCAUUUGUAGAGAAAUAAUGAUGAAAGUUGGCAGACAACAUCCAGUCCCCCGGGUCUCUCCAAGCUGGCAAUAUAUUUAUUAUUUAAAAAAUACUACUAUAUUUUAGAUAGAAUUUUUUUUAAUAAGCUGAAGUAAGGCUGUGUGACUUUUGAUCAAAAUAAAGAAAUGCAGGGCUUCUAAAUAAAAGGGAUCUGAAAUUACUGUUGUUUGAAAUGACUAAUUUUGAGGGUUCCAAUAUUUAUGUGAAAAUUUAAUUUUUAAAGAAGUACUUGAAAAUCGAUAUUGACAUUGAAUCUCUUUAAGGUAGAAUUUUAAAGCUUUUCAUGCAUUGGAACUCUACCUGGCUUUGGACCAACCCUAGAACAAAGCAGAGCCACCUCUUAUAUACACUGCCCUGCUGCUGUAAAGUUGAACAGCUUGCAUGAGAGAACUCACUUUAAAACAAGAAAUUAUAUGGUUUAAAUUAAUUUGUAUAAAAUAACUUGCUCUGCUAUAAACCACCAUAAAAACCACAGUGUUUUGAUUUUGUACGUUUGUGAUAUUUUUGGAGUGAAAAUUAUCACUAAAGUAAUAUGACUCCAACAAAAAUAUGAUUUAUUGUAUUAAAGAGUACUGUAUUGAUUUGCCAAAGUUUUGUAAGUUAAGUAAAGUUACUACCUUCCUUGGAUUUGUACUUUAUGAUUCAGUAUGCUGUACUGUGGGCUGGUUAUGUUAACGGAAAAAAUAAAGUCAUUACCUGAGUUUUGCAGAACUCUAAAGUUAAACAGAA